GAGUGGGAGUUUAUUUAGCUGAAAAAGACAGUUGCAAAACUUGGGAACAGAGCUCCAAAUGAGCUUGGAGAAACCCACUAUUUGACAGUUCUUGUUUGGGGAAAAUUUUUCAGUCACUUGACAUACCUGUAUUUCUGUGAAUCUAUAAAAAACAAAUAUGUUGCAAGUCCUGAAGACAUAUAUGGCUGACUUGGACAAUCUAGGUUCUGCAAAUCCAAAGCAAGCACCAAGGAUGUUUGUAUUCCUAUAUAUUACAAGUUUUGCCAUCUGUACAAGUGGGCAAUCUCUCCACAGCCAGUUUAAAGGAGAAAAUUAUUCUACAAAAUACGUUUGUAGCAUACCUGGAAUGCCAGGUCCUUCAGGUCUUCCUGGAGAUCAAGGAUCACCUGGACCUCAUGGGCGCAUUGGUAUCCCUGGACGAGAUGGUAGAGAUGGCAGGAAGGGAGAAAAGGGUGAAAAAGGAAAUGCAGGUUUAAGAGGGAAGACUGGUCCUGUAGGACAACUGGGAGAGAAAGGAGACCAAGGAGAACCUGGUAAAAAAGGACCUAUGGGAUCAGGUGGUGUUAAAGGUGAUGUAGGUCCUGUUGGCCCAGCAGGCCCAAAAGGAGAGAAAGGAGAAAGAGGAAAAACAGGCUUACCAGGAGUCUGUAAGUGUGGGAAAAUAGUACUGAAAUCUGCCUUCUCUGUUGGAAUCACCACAAGUUACCCAGAAGAAAGAAUUCCAAUUGUGUUCAAUAAAGUCUUGUUCAAUGAAGGUGGGCAUUACAAUCCUUCAAAUGGGAAGUUCAUAUGUGCCAUUCCAGGGAUUUAUUACUUCUCAUAUGAUAUCACAUUGGCAAAUAAACAUCUUGCUAUUGGUCUAGUUCAUAAUGGAAAGUUCCGGAUAAAGACAUUUGAUGCCAAUACAGGAAACCACGAUGUAGCAUCUGGGUCGACAGUGAUUUACCUUCAGCCAGAAGAUGAAGUAUGGCUUGAGAUCUUCUACACUGAUCAAAACGGCCUCUUUGCCGAUCCCACAUGGGCAGACAGUCUGUUUUCAGGAUUUCUCUUAUAUGUUGAUACAGACUAUCUCGAUGCCCUGUCAGACGAAGAUGAUCUGUGAUUUUAGAAAUGUUUGAGGUGAACUAAAUGAACAUAGGAAAAUAUACAGAAUGUGAUCUUCACUUUUAAUAAGACAAAGCAAUGAAGGAUUGGUCUGGGAUUUUGAUUUUGCUGACAAAAAUCCAAAAGGAUUAUUUUCUAGGCGUCUGCUGCCAUUGUUGUCUGUUGCUGUUUUUAAUCUCACAGAUGUUUCUACUAAUUCAGUGUAAAUAAUUACCUUCUCAAAAAUGUUUCUAAUAAUAUUUAAGUGAAUUUGACCUGAUGUGCAUGAGGUUUUAUUGAAAAUAUGUGGGGUAACAAUGUAGUUCUUAUGAAUUGCCUGGGUGUCAAGGUGCUUAUCAUAUUAAGCGGUUAUACUGCAGCUGCACUGGAUGAAUCCCAUCUUUGGCCAGGGCUUAUCAACCAAUGUUGUGGUUCUCCUAGUGUCUGCCCAGUGGAUGAUUGCUGGGAAAGCACUACUUUUUUGACUGGAAAUAAUCAAUUGAUGACCCAAUAUUAUUUAUCUACUAUUUCUGGUACACAUGUCUCAUUCUGAUUAAUGGCAAUACUGAGUAGUUACUGUAUGUGGUGCUGUGUGGGUGUGAUUUGUUUUCUCCUCCCCAGGAUUCCCCUGCAGGGCAACCUCAGUUUAUUUCUGGUGAUGGGAUGAGUAGGAUACUAGCUGGAGUCAUGGCUUCACAAGAAGCUUCACAAGAAAAUAAUUUUGAUCUAUCACUUCCUUCCCUGUCUACCACUACAGGUUUUCUUACCUUUUCUUUUCAUUAGGAGUAGUGAUACCAGGGAUACUGAAAGAGGAAGCCUGAGUUCAUGGUUUCCUUUCUAAUGUCUCUUGAGACAGCACAACAAAUGUUAGGGCAACAAACUGAAUGUGUAAAUGCAGCAAGACAUCUACCUUGAGUUCCAUGGCCAAUGGAAACCAACCAAAAACCAGAGAGACAUCAGAAUGCUGUAAAACUGCAG